AUGAAGGUGCCCAUUAGCCGGAUAAGGAACAUUGGCAUCAUUGCGCACAUCGAUGCUGGGAAGACCACCACCACUGAACGGAUGCUGUUCUACUCUGGGCUGACGUCCAGGAUCGGCAAUGUUGACCAAGGCGACACUGUGACGGACUUCCUGCCAGCUGAGCGUGCGAGGGGGAUCACGAUCCAGUCUGCUGCGACCACGAUCCCAUGGAAUAGCCAUCGGAUCAACCUGAUCGACACUCCGGGCCAUGCCGACUUCACGUUCGAGGUGAUCCGGUCGCUGAAGGUGCUGGAUGGUGUUGUCACCAUUCUGGACGCGGUGGCCGGUGUUGAGGCCCAGACUGAGAAGGUCUGGAAGCAGAGCAUGACGACUCCCAAGCUGAUCUUCGUGAACAAAAUGGACAGGGAAGGAGCUGGGUACGGCCGGACUGUUAAGGAGAUCGUUGCUAAGCUGGGGACCAAGGUGUUGCUGUGUAAUGUUCCCCUGUUCAGCACGGUUGGAAGACAGCCCAGGUUCACGGGCGUGCUAGAUGUGGUGAACCAGAAGGUGAUACGCUGGGACGAGGGUGACAAGGUGUCCGUUGAGGAGCCUGAAGGCGAUUCUCUAGCGGAAAUCACCAAGUGCAGAGAGUCCUUGGUGGAGACUCUGGGCGAGGUUGACGAGGCCGUUGUGGAUGCGUUCCUGGAGACUGAGGACUACAUGAAGAUACCAAACGACUUGAUACAGAGAGCCAUUAGGAAAUCAACGCUGGAGAACCAUGCGGUGCCGGUAUUGUGUGGUGCUAGCUUCAAGAACAUUGGUGUACAGCCUCUUAUGGAUGCCGUCAACUCCUACUUGCCAUCUCCUGUGGACAUCACGCCUGAUUUGAACACAGACCUGGUCUUGAACAAGGAGAACGGAUUCCAGGUCAAAGGUAACGAUAAGCUGUCGAUUGCUCUGGCAUUCAAAGUCACCACUGAUCCAAUCAGAGGCGUCAUGGUGUUUGUCAGGGUCUACACAGGCAAGCUCGUCAGUAACUCCACCAUCUACGUCCACGGCGAGCCCGUCAAGAUUGGUAAGCUCUUGAUCAUGAACGCCAAUGUUCCACAGGAAGUGUCAGAGAUCACUGCUGGAAACAUUGGUGUUAUUGUCAGUGACAAGAUUAAGACUGGCGAUACAAUCCUGUUCAACACUCAAAAGAAGAAGAUCAAAGACACAGAUCUCGUGGUGAAUCCAAUCGAGGUUCCACCACCUGUAUUCACCAUCUCAUUAGAGCCAAGGACCUCUGGUGAUAAGCGAUCCAUGGAUGAUGCCUUGGAGGUGUUGCUGCGGGAGGACCCCAGCUUAAAGGUUACCGUGGACGAAGAAUCAGGCCAGACACUGCUAAGUGGUAUGGGCGAAUUGCACUUGGAGAUCGCCAAGGGCAGGCUCGAUGACUUGAAGGCUAAGGUCGAACUGGGUAAGAUUAUGGUGUCCUACAAGGAAACAAUACUGGAGAAGGCCAGUGGUGAAAAGGAGCAAGAUGGGGUGAAACUGUCCAUCAGCAUUGAACAGAACCCUCAAGAGGCCUCCAAACUUCCAAAGAACAUGAGAUACGUUGACCUUUCAGAUCACAACUAUUUGGCAGUGCCUUACGAGCCAAAGGACUGGAACUUACACAAGCUCAUGCCGUAUGAGACGUUGACCAAUGCCAUCAUAUCGGGAACCAUCUCCUCUAUCCAGAGAGGCCCGAUCUUGAAGCUGCCCUUACACUCCGUGCUGGUCACCAUUGAUUCCAUCGAUGUGGCAGACGACUUCCAGGAUGCCACCGUGCUUAUCAACGUUACGAGACAACUGUUUGCACAGCUGCUCUCCAGCUCCGACAACUUCAACAUCAUGGAGCCCAUGAUGAAGGUCUCUGUCGAGGUUUCGCCUGAGGACAUCGGCUCUGUUAUCCAGGAUCUAACCUCUGUUCGGAAAGGUGUGAUCGACUCAAUAGAUGAAGAUGAGGCAUCGAGUUCGUUGGCCGAGUUCAAGCUGAUUAGCGAGAACCAGUACGUCCCGUACGAUCCCACCUUGGAGUUCAUCAAGCUGAGAACGGACUUCACCACCGGCCAGAAGAUCAACGCACAGGUGCCAUUGAAGGAGAUGAUUGGCUACUUGCCAAAGCUGCGUGCCUUGACUCAGGGAAGAGCAACCUAUCACAUGGAGUUCAAAGGCAUGGAACAGGUCACGGCAGAGAGAAUGAAGGAGAUUGUCGAAGAGUAUUGA